AGAGUUCGUAACUAUCUCUUGGGUUCCCGCUAAAAUGUCCUAGAAAGAAACUCCAGGCAUUAACACCUCCCAUCCUCGCGUAUUGCCAGAGUAUGAUCAGGGAAUGGGAGAAUGGCUUCCAGAAGACUGGGAAACAGAGGCCCCAAGAAAGGAAGUCUGCAGAGGGCAGGUGGAGGAUGAGUGGAGCGCCAGUCAGAAUGUCUAACACAAGCGAUUCCUUUUGGGAUAAAGCCCCCCUGUGCUGUCAGCGGGGUCUGAGUUCUACUUCACCGUUGGGGAUAUGGACCAAAUCCUACAAAUCGGAUCCACGCAUCGCCCUCGGAAAAUACUCCCCCUUGGAAAAAGAGAUCCUACGGCUGGGUGGUGUCCACACCACGGCGGCAAGGAGAUUUCUGACCCACAAGCAAGAGGAGGAGUGGGAAAUGCUCAAGGAGCUCCAGUCGCUGUCUCCGGACUACAAGCGGGCGCUGGAGUUCGGAACACAGCAUCCCCGUCCCUGUGCCGCCUGCAGGCCUCUGGAAAAACUGUGGACGGCCAAGGUGAUCGUGCCCCCAGAGGAGUUCAGAAUGCCCCAGCGCGAGAAGCUCACUGUCAUCAGGCACGUAGAACGGAUGCAGCUUGCUCGAGCCCUACGGAAUAAGCAGCUGUUGCCCUACAUCGAGAGGCUCAGGGGCUCUUCAUUUCUGUCUGGAGGGGGCCUGGGCCCAAUGGCAAAAGACAAGACCAGGGAAGACGAGGACAGCGAGGUCGUGGCUUUCUACGACUCUGCCAAGCAAGAGGAGAGAGGCGAGGCAGAGAACAAAGCCACAAGCAGACGAGAAAUAAAAAUGAACGUCAUCUUCAAGUCAGAAGAACCGAAACAAUGUCUCACAUGCCAUCCAAAUGAUCAGAAACCGUUCUUCCCCACCAAGAAAGCGGAACGGUCCAUCACUGGCCUAACCAACCGAAAUCUUUUCCGCUUAGCUGAGUUCCCUGGUGACCUAAUGCUGAUGAGUCAGGAUUUUAUUUCCCGGGGAGUCCACCCCGCUGAUAUGACAAAGGCCAGCCUCCUGGGGGAAGACAGCGUCUGGAAAGGGUACGUGCACAAAGCUCUUUAGUAUUAAAGUCUUACUUAUUGCCAUGGUAACCAAAGACCCUGGUCCUUUUCACUCCUGCAGCUUUGCCCCCGGGGUCCUGGGGUCUCCAGGCUUCUCAGGGUAACACCUAACAGCAAGGCUUCCUGUUUUCAGGCAUCUCUUCGCUCUUGGCUCUCAGCUGGCACCGUCAUCCCAGAGCCCAGGCCUUUCCAGCAUGCAGGCCUCUCCGCUUUGCCUUAUUUCCAGGGGUCUUAUGUCAGUUGCCCACUCCUGUGAAACGAAUCACCCUCAAAUCCAGUGGCUUAAAACUGCAAUCGUUAAUUUAGCUUGAAAUCCUGUGGGUCAGCAAUUUAGCCUGGGCUCAGUUGGGUUCCUCAUGUGUCCACAGUCAACCACGGGUCAGUUAGGUGACUCUCCUGAGGGUUGACAGCUAUCAGCUGGGUCAGUGGAAGUGACUGGGCCACAUGCUUCCUUCCUGCAGCAGGCUGGCCCAGGCCCGUUCACAGGGCCACUGCAGGAUCCAAGAGAGUAAGUGGAUGUUUGCAAAGCCCCUGAAAGCCAAGACUCAGAACUGGCACACCGUCCCUUUGUCACAUUCUGUUGGCCACAGCAAGAUACGAGGGUGGGCAAGUAGACUUCAUCUCUGGAUAGGAAGAGGAGGAGGGUCAUACUGCAAAGGGCACGAACACAGGGAAGCAGGUACGGCCGGGACCAUGACUGCAAUCACUCCACCACUGAGUCCCUGGAGCUGGGACCAACCUAUAGCCCAGAUGGGGAAAAGAAUAUUACUCAAGGAGAAGGUUGCCCAGCCAGAAAGUCUAGAGGUCAGUUCCAUGCUUCCCACUUCUUAGGGAAGCAGCUCCUACCUAUGAAGGUAAAGCCCACCUGCUCCUGGCCGACCUGCUCUUGAAUCUAACCAGGGGACUUCCACCUUCCUUCUCAAGCCAAGUGCAGGCACAGGGCAUGCACGGAUGCCAUGUGCACAGUCCUCUAGGCAUGUCUGCAGGUGGGUCCAGGGUCCCUGAGGUCAGCUCUUGCUGCUCCCAUUAAGGCCCUGCCUGUGCCCCCGAGGUGGCAGAUCCAGGAGGCAGCACCUGGGGCAGCACGUUUGGCACCUGAGAAACAGGACACACUCAUUUCAUAUCUGCAUCUGAAGCACAGAAAGGUCUUUCAGUGAAUUACACUCUGUCCUCAGCAAUCUGCGCACAGUUGGAAAGAUGCCGAACCUGCGCCCAUGGCCCGCAGCUUCCUGGGACAAGGCCAGAUUUCUCUCUGGCUCCCUCUUCUGGGGUUGGGCAUGGGGUUCUCACGUCAGCUCCUUCAGAACCCCUGCUGCCCUCUCCGCAGAGGCUGAGCCAUGGGCAGGAAGGGGGCUUCUCUCUCUCCCAGUUUCCAGGAUAACUCUGUUGGUCACAGGGGCCAACUUAACCUACUUCACUUGAAGCAUUGUGUAGGUAGAUGCUGUGGUUCACGAUUCAGGGUGUCGAAAUCACAUGAGCAAGGUGCACACACCAGCUGUGUCUUUUCACGAUGUCAGCUUUAUUCAGUCAUAAAGCAAGGUUGUUAACAUUCCAACCUCAAUGACGUUCCGCAAGGCAUUUAACUUGGCUUCAUACACGUCGCACGAGACAAAACAAGUCAUACAUCAGGCCAUAAACAACAAGGGAGGAAGGUAACGUGUCCGUGAGCAUGCCGUUGGUCUGUGGACUUAGUCUGGUCC